UAGAGCGUUUGUCAAAUUUAUGAAACUUUUAUGAAAGUGAAGUUCUUUUUCCAAUUAUGUCAAUUUUUAAUGAAUUGCUUCCCAAACUCUGUGAAAUAUCGAAUGCUUUUACAAAGAACUUUAAUGAUGACCUUAAGGCGGCGUUCCUGUGUUUUGAUAAGUUUGAAGAAGAAUUUCAAAAUGGCAAAAGCAGAACGCGGGACAAGACUCAAAAGGAUAAAAACGCUUUAACAACCCUUCAGAGCAUUAAUGAAGACGAUGAUGAUUCAGUAAAGGCACCAGAAGAAAAAUCAAAAAGAUCCAGCUCUAAAUCUAACGAUGAUCGUACAUCAACCGAAAGCAAUGAACGUAGAGGCUCCAAGAAACGUAGCAAAAAUGAAGUGGACGGUAUGGAGAGCCCUGAACAAGAUAAAAGACAGAAGAGGAAUGCUUCAGUCAAAGCACAGAGCAUUAUUAGUAAACAGGUGAAUGUAAACUUAACUCAGAAACUUCGUCGAGAGGACUCGAUAGAGAAGUCUGGUAGAAGCCGUCGUCGGGGGAAAGAGGAUGACAAGGAAAAUGCAGAACCCCUUCCAAUCGUACAAGUUAAACAAGAGAAGAUAUCCCUGCCACCCGAGCCGAUGGACCUGGAAUGUUUGCCGCUGAAUGUAGAAGUCAAGCAAGAAGUUGAUAAGGACGAGAUGGCCAUGCCGCCGCCCGUCGCGCCCGUACCCAAACCACGUAAAGCCGUACCUAAAGAGAAACCAGAGGAGGUCCCAGAAGAAGAAACUUCAAGGAGACGAAGAACCACACGGACCCGGAAACAAACUGACACACUGCCUCCACAACCUGCAUCAAAUAGAUCAACACGAGCCAGCUCCAGGUCUACAAAACAAACAGACAACGAAGAGACUCAGCCUGCGGAGACUAGACCGAAGCGCACUCGAGCUAAAAAAGUCGCCGAGCCCACAGUAGCUGACACUGAAAAAGAAAGCGAAACUCCAGUACAAAGUGAGACAACGUCACCAGCUGAAAAGCCAAGAACGAAACGCACACGACGAAUCCAAAAGCAAGCGGAAAAAGAACCUGAAAAGAUUGAAGAAGCUCAACCGCAACCAACACCAGAAAUUAUAUCUCCGAAGGAAGAAAGGAUAUCACAGCCCGAGGAAAUCCAUUCGCCCGUACUUCCAAUGAUCAAAAAAACUAAUGACAUAAAACAUAAAUUACAAGACAACAUAAUAAAAAAAUUAGAAAAUGAAACCACACAGAAGAAUAUAAAUGAAAUAAAUAAAAAAGAUACAGAAACAGCCAAUGAUGAAACGGAUAACAUAAACUUGGAUAAAACGAAAGUGAUAAGUGUAGCCAUGAAUGCAACUGUUGUGAUAUCCAAUGAUAUGGAUAAAACCGUUGUUCUUCCCAAUGGCGUGUAUAACCAUGCUCCGGUUACACCCAAAAAUGUGCGUCAAAUGAACGAGACAGUAGUGUUGGAAACAUGUAAUCAGACGGUAGUUUUGGACAAACCACAAACAAAUGCCAUAAUGGAUGCCACAGUUGUCCUUGAUAAAGAUCCGAAAGUAACAAAUGUAACAGAAGAUAACUCUUUAUUAACGGAUGACAGUGAUAGUAUAGAAGUCCAGACACCUCCUAAGAUACCACCGUUACCGCAACCAACAUCAGCUGUUAAAGAAAAAGUGCAGCAAUUCGAAGAAAUGGCUACCAGAGUCACCAGAACGAAGACCAGAGCGAUGGCUAAAAAGGAGGAAAAUACAGAGCACACACCUCCAGACAAAGUAUCCAAAGUUAUUCUCUCGACUGAGACAUUAACUAAAAUGAACAGUAUGAUCUUCAACGGGAAAGUACCGCAAAUAUCAAGUUCUGCAACAAAGCCACGUGCAAACGCUUUGCCGUCAACCAAAAUUCCUUCGUCGACUUCGAAAGUAAGUGCUAUCAAUAAAGCCAGAGAAGCAGAAGAGAUCCAGAAAAAGGAAAAGGAAGAUGCCAGAAGUAAAAAGGAAGCACUUCUGGAAGCAAAGAGAGAGUUGCAGAAGAAGCGGCGCGAGGAGAAGAUGGCGGCGGCGGCGGCGGCGCGCGGCGCGGCCGAGCGCGAGCGGCGCGCGCUGCUGCAGGCCGCCGCGCGGGAGCGGCAGGAGAAGCAGGCGCACGCUGACCUCGGCAAGCUGGAGCGGCAGCGGGAGGCCGAGCGGAAAAAACACGAGUUAGCACGUAAGGUAGCAGAGACAGAGGAGAGACGGAAAGCCGAGGAGCAAGCGAGACAGCAGCGGCUCGCCGAUGAGCAGAGGCGAGCGGAAGCUGCGAGAAAAAAACAAUUGGAAGAAGCAGAAGCAAUGAAAAAAGAGGCCGCAAUAAUGGCUAAGGAAAUCGAGAGGAGACAAAAAGAGUUCAUGGAGAGACAAAAGAUGAAACAGAGAAUGGACGGAGAUAAAAUCCUGACACCAUUAAAAAGCGCGCCUGCUCUGGAUCCUGUAUACAUGGCAGAUGGCUUCCAAUACCUGAACUCUGAUGAGGAUGAAGAGCCCCCAGAACGACCUGCACCCGUCUGGUCUACAUCAAAGGCCCGUCGUCAACAACUGAUAAUCCAGGCGCGCAUAGCCAGCCGGCACGUCGACAGGCUGUUCUCUGUCCGCGCGCACACGCCAGACCUGCGCGAAAUCUUCCCGGACAUUGAGCGCGCCCGCCUCAAGCGAACCUCCUCUGCCGUCUGGCGCAGCCCCGUGCGACCGUUGCCAGCCGUGUGGGAGUGAAGAUACAUAGACAUAUCUACACGAGUCGCUGGCGGCGAACUGUAAAUAUUCGAAUGUAAUGUUUAUUAACAGUGUUACUGUGUUAUGUUAUAAGUGCGAUCAUGAACUCGACUUGACUGUUGCACCCAAUAAACGUAUUUAAUAUUGGUUUUAUUUUUAUUGUUUACAUUUAUUUGUUAGUAUCAACUUUAUUAUAUAGUAAACUAGAAAAAAUAGCUGAGGGAAAUAUAUAUAUAAUUGUACUGUGUGCCUUUCAUGUCAAGUGAAUUUUGUUUUUUGUAUACAAAUUUGAAUUACUUUUAAGAAAAGAUAUCUCUUAGGCUAACGAGCUGAUUGCCUAAUCCAAAAAAAUAAAAAUAUUCGAUACUUUCCCCGUGUUAAGUUGUAUCAUCUACAAUUAUAGUAAAAUAUGAGGGCUAUCUCGAUUAAACUCUCACUCAAACGUUGCACUGAAAAUGAGACUAAAUGUUUAUACAAUUAACUAAAUCCCUUUUUACUAGGUAAAUACUAUGGCGAAAUAAUUUACACGCGAACUAAAGGUGUUAAAAUUAUUUUUAUUUGUCUUUAUAACUCUUAUAACAAUGUAGCUUUGAAUUAGACGACGUAUAAUGCACUACACACGAAAACUUGAUCUAUAAUUUUUGACACCAUAGAAUAUUAAUAUAUAGACAAAUAGAUUUAUGUUAGUUUAUAAAAGUAAUUUUAGUACUCUAUAAGAUAUUUAGUGUUUGACAGUUAAUUUUAAGUUAUUAAAAUUUAUAAGAAGUUAUUAACUUUUGUAUAAUGUGCAUAUCUCGAAGAUACAACCUUGUAAAGGUUAAAUAUAUCUUCGCCCUGCAGUACAAAUAACAUAUUAACACAAAGAAUAUGCAUCUCUAACGCCAUCUAUUGUUGAUAAUAGUCAAUGAUGGUCAUGAUUUGAAGAAUACUAAAGAGACACUAGAAUAUUAUAACAAAGUUCGACAAAUGUUUUACGCGAUUUAAACUUUAUAUUGUUUAUAAUCAGUAAAGUAACAUUAUACGCAAUCGUAAAUGCAGGGUGACGGUAUCUUAUGUUGAUUAACAAAACAAACACGGAAACAAUUAAAUUAACACAUAUUUAGAUUAUUUUGAAUUUUAAAUAUGGAACAUGUUAAAAUAGUUUUAUACUCCU